UUCGACUCCGACAUCAGCAGCAGGGCUGAGCUCGAGCUCUCAGUCAAAUCCCAGAGAGAGAGUCGAGGAGUAGAAGCUCUGCGGAGACAUGUAAGAUGGCAGAGCUGCAGAUGUUACUCGAGGAAGAGAUUCCUGCCGGGAAACGAGCUCUUUUAGAGAGUCACCAGAACCUCACGAGGGUCGCGGAUUACUGCGAGAACAAUUAUGUUCAGGCACAGGAUAAGAGGAAAGCCUUGGAGGAGACCAAAGCCUACACCACCCAAUCCCUGGCGAGCGUGGCCUAUCAGAUCAAUGCCUUAGCCAACAAUGUCCUGCAGCUGUUGGAUAUCCAGGCCUCACAGCUGCGCAGGAUGGAGUCCUCCAUUAACCACAUAUCUCAGACGGUGGACAUCCAUAAGGAGAAGGUCGCCCGGCGAGAGAUUGGCAUCCUGACAACAAAUAAGAACACAUCAAGGACUCAUAAGAUCAUCGCUCCACCCAACAUGGAGCGGCCGGUGAGGUACAUCAGGAAGCCCAUCGACUACACAGUACUGGACGAUGUGGGUCAUGGAGUGAAGUGGCUUAAAGCCAAGCAACACGGGAACAAUCAGUCAAUCAGAGGAGGAACUCUCUCCAGGACCAAUCCCCCGACGCAGAAACCUCCCAGCCCACCCAUGACGGGACGAGGCACUCUGGGACGUAACACUCCUUAUAAAACACUUGAGCCAGUGAAACCUCCAACCGUGCCCAAUGAUUACAUGACGAGUCCAGCUCGCCUGGGCAGCCAACACAGUCCAGGACGCACCGCGUCUCUCAGCCAGAGACCGAGAACCCACAGUGGCAGCAGCGGAGGAAGCGGCAGUCGAGAGAACAGUGGCGGCAGCAGCAUCGGCAUUCCCAUCGCUGUGCCGACUCCCUCCAUUCCCAACUCAGUCCCAGUCGCACCCUCAUUGGCUCCUCCCCCAGCCCCUCCUCCUCCACCCCUCCCCGGUCAGGGUCCACCAAUGCCAGCCGCUGCUAUAGUCGUGGCUGCUGGGCCAGGUCUCGGGCCCAUCCCCAUGUCCCAGUUCGGCACGAUAUCUCGGCAGAUCUCCCGACACAACUCCAGCACCUCCUCCUCCGUCUCCAUGGUUUCUGCCACGGGUACAUACCGCCGAGCCCCGUCCGUCUCUUCCCAGUUCUCCCUGCAGCAGCCGCACGUUAACGGGGGAACGAACGCAAUGUCUAUGGCCCCGCCCCCUCCGCCCAUGCCCCAGCUCACCCCACAGAUUCCUCUCACAGGGUUUGUGGCCAGAGUUCAGGAAAACAUUGCAGAUACCCCGACUCCGCCUCCUCCCCCUCCCCCUGAUGACAUACCCAUGUUUGAUGAGGCUCCGCCUCCACCGCCGCCUCCUCCAGUCGACUAUGAAGAUGAAGAUGCCGCUGUAGUGCACUACAGUGACCCCUAUGCAGACGGAGACCCUCAGUGGGCCCCGAAGACCUACAUGGAGAAAGUGGUGGCGAUCUACGACUACAGCAAGGAUAAGGACGACGAGCUGAGCUUCAUGGAAGGAGCCAUCAUCUACAUCAUCAAGAAGAACGACGACGGCUGGUUCGAGGGCGUCUGCAACGGCGUCACGGGGCUGUUCCCCGGAAACUACGUGGAGUCCAUCAUGCACUACGCCGACUGAAGGACCUGAAAUCAUUUAUGUUUGUUCCUGAUGAGAAUCUCUGAACUUUACUGUGUGGUGAUGGUCAGUGUACAUAAAAAUGAAUGUCAAUCACAAGUAGAUUUUCUAACUGAAAGUCGUCCGAUUAUUUGAGUUUUGGAUCUCAUAAACGAAUUGAUUUUAGUGUUUUAUCAUGUCGUCGCCCCAAAGUGUAUCAGAAUCUUAACGUAAAGCAUGCAUACAAAAAUCAAAUAUGUAUCGUAACCUAAACGUUCAGUUCCACUCAGCUUCAUCUUCGUAUUAUUUACAGAACACUUUUUAUUUUUAAUAUAGGCGUUUGUAGACUACUUGUGUUUAUGCUCUAAUUUUUAUUAUCAAAUUUUGUAUUAAUUUGGAUGACGAAUGCGAAGCACAGAACUUCAUUUUCCCUCCAUGACAAUAUUUUUAGUUAAAGCCACGAUGAUUAAAGUAUUUGCUACGAUGAACAAACAUGAACUGUGUGUCGAUAGGCUGUAAGUAUCUCGAUCUCUCUAAUCAGUCGAUCACAACUCUUCCCACGCUGGACUCUUGUCAUGUGACCGCGUGAGCUUAUGUUCCAGCACUGAGGUCAAGGGUCGUCAGGUUUCAGGAGUCUGAGAGCGAUUCAUCGACCGCUGUCAGUCAUUCAGGAGUUUAAAGAUAAUUCAUGCCUUCAGACUUUAUUUGUCGUACUGAAACAUUUGAAGUUCAACUCAAUCCCAUCUGCGCUGAAGCUCGUCUCGGCACGGAGUUUGUAUUUAUAAUGUUAAUUGAAAUUUAAUUGUACAGUCUUUUAUAAUAAAUCAUUCUAUGUAAA